AUACACGUUCCGAUAGUUUUUUCUACUCGUGGCAACUGUUUAAACAGAUUGAAAUAAAAAUUCCCGUGGGUUGGUCUGUUAAUUUGCACAUGAAGUAUUCGUUGUUAUAUAAGCUCGGAAAUGAUAAUAACUUGGAACCGAUUAGUUCUUGCCUGAUGUUGAGUUUGAAGUGAUGUGUCAACUGCUGUGUAGUAUCUCCAAUUGUAUGGCACAGGCAAAUGUAAUAUUUACCGACGACAAAUAUCAUGAUAUACGACGUUAGAAAUAUAUUUAUGGUGGUUAUCUAAACAUACACGUUUAUUUUGAUUUUUAUAAAUGAAUACCAUUAUAGUACUUUUCAUACUAUGACAAUUACAGACGAAUGUAGAUUGGUUUAGUUAUAAAUAAUAUUGUGUCCAACUGUGUGGGGUAAGAAAAUGAAGGAAACCAUGCAUGUAAAAUUACACUAUUAUCUCGUAAUUAUCUUGCGAUUUACAACAAUAUCUGAUUUAGGAUUUGUCGAAAGUUAUUCCGUAAAAUUUCCAGAAAACCCCAGAUUCACAUUUUUAUCAAUAGUUUCACAAAAUAGUGUUCGGCUUAUUUCAUCUACUAAUAAAAGUUUUAACGAACGUUUAUGGGUUUCGAGAUUAGAAUAUAUCUUGCAAGGUGCAAGUAGCUACUCAAGUGAUAUUCAUAUUAGCAUCAUGGAUCGUAAAGACGACAGCUUAAAUCCCGAGAUCGGAGACAAAAAUAAUAAUUUCGUCGAACAUUUGGUCCUUUUUGCAUGUAACUCCAUAUCGGAACUUCGGAGCAGCAUUAUUAAUCAUUUAUCGCACAAGACAAAGAGAUUCUUUGUCACCAAUGAAGUAACCACAUUUUUAAUAUUCACGAACCAAUCGUUAAAUUUUCCUUCGAUCAUAUCAAAUGAAUCAAUUUCAUUCUUUGCACUCAACUCCAACGUUUAUACAAUAAGAUCUGGAGAUGACCGACUUUUACAAAAAUUUACCAUGUCUGAAAUCUACACGCUUCAAGGCAAUGUUGUAAUAAAUCUCGAACCCGUUAGAAUUCCAUUUACGCAUAUGAGGAAACAAUGGGGUCGAAGAAAAAAUCUCAAGGGAAUUUUAAUCACUGCAAUUGCUACGAAUGAACCACAAACAGAGUACAUAAUCCUCAACGGGGAAGUCGUCUUGACAGGUGGCAUUGGUACUAACAUAUUUAAUUAUUUCCAAGAUGCCCUGAAUUUCACUUCCAGAAUAAUUGUCGAAACUGUCUGGCCUAAACAGCUUGUGAAUGGGAGCUGGGUCGGAAUGGGGCGUCUCUUAAUAGAGGAGAAAGCUGAUAUUGCGAUAGUUUUCACCACCCACUUACCCUCCAGAGCAGAUGCGUUUACAAUGCUGGUGCCUCACCUCAAAAAUGCACUUGUAGUAGUAUUUCUUCAACCACCGUGGAAUUCUGUGAGAAAUGUUUUUAUGUCUCCAUUUAAGCCAAAAUUGUGGUUUAGCUGCCUCGGACUUGUGUUGGGAUUCUUUGUCUCAUUUCGCAUAAUUAUUUAUUUUAUUAAACAUUACGUCAUCGAAAGAAGUUAUGAAGGCAAAAGGGAUGAUACAGUUCGUGAGACAGCGAGUGACUCGUUUAUGUGGAUAUUAUCAGGAGUUUGUAAACAAGGAUGGAUGAUAUGGAGAAAUUAUACCCCUGCUGGAAAUGCAAAUUCGCUCAAAAUUAUAUAUUGCAUAGUACUUCCAUGUACAACUCUGAUAAUUUCGAACUACUUUGGAGCAUCCUUGUACAAAUUCCUCUCUGCGGAAAGGGUCUCUAUAAAAACCUUGGGCGAUUUACUCCACAGCGAGUUAUAUCUGGUUGCUGACAAUUCGAGUCAAACUGUCUUAAGCUUGAUUACUCACCCGGAAAAAGUUUCCUGGGAAAGUGAGGAUACAGCGGAUAUUCUCAGCAAGAAACAGAUUAUCAUAAAAAACCCGCAACUUGUCAAGCCCGACAUUGUUCAAGGCACUGGAGCAUUUAUAACGUACCCAACAACGGUACAUUUGGAAAAUUCGAAUAGCUGGAAGGACAAAAUGGAUGGGCGAGAUUUGUGCGACACGGGGAAAACCUUAAGUCUCCUCCCCUUCUCAACACCCUAUCCGGCAGGGAUGAUGAUGUCAAAGAGAAGUGCGUACAAAGAUCUCUUCAACAUCCAGAUAAUAAUUUUAAUGGAAUCUGGAAUGAUGCGUCGGUUCAGCACUGCAUUUCAAAAAACUAUGAAGCCUCGAUGUUUAAACCCUCGUGAUCUAUUGUUUGGGAAAAAUACCAUUAAAUUUUUAACAAUAAGUUUAUCAAUGACAGAUCUUCUGACAGCGUUUAUUAUUUUGAUUGUGGGCGUAGCUUUAUGUUUAGCUGUGUAUUGUGGAGAAAUGUGUACUAAACGAGUGUUUAUGUUACGAAAUUUGUAAUAGUGUCCAGAAAUUAAUCGAUGCUUGUUACAUAUUCACUUCCCGUGAUGAAUUGCACUUUGCAAAAUUACAACAAUCUUGCCACUUUCAAUGCUUAGAACAGACAGCUUCCACUAUUUGAAAAGCCGUAAAAAAAUAAAAUUCAUCAUGGGAAAUUUUAACUUUA